AUGCCAACGUUCGCCGCAGACCCCUGCAGCUGUUCUCGCUUAGCUCAAAACAACAUCAACAACACACCUUCCGACUCCCUACACGCAAACACCAACAUGGCCUUCUCGAUGAAUGACGUCCUCGAUCCGCUGGGGGCUCUCCUAUGGCCUCCACCUGCCAAGAUCCCAACCGAACAAGCUCCAGGCAAACACCCGAACGCUCGGCCAGCCGGACUCCUUGACUUACCAGCCGAGAUCUGGUCCAAGAUAGGCCACUACGCAAUUGACGCCGAACUCGUGUACACGCUCAAGGAUAUCUGCAGCCCAGACUGCCUACCAUUCGACCAGAUCGAGUUCAAUGGCAUCCAAUGGCCACAUCAACCCGCCAUCACCCGCACCUGUCGCGUUCUCCGCGAGGAGCUACUGCCGUACUUCUACCAGACAAAAGUCACGUUCACUAUCCAGCACGCCAGUACUUCCCAAGAAUACAUUCGCGGCUUCUUGAAAGGCAUUGGAGCCUCGAAUCGCCAGAACAUACGCUACGCUUGGGCGGAGGGCAAGAAGAGACGACCAGUUGGCCUGAGUCGCAAGGUCGUGUCGCACUAUGUUGGGGAUCUGCCACUGAACCUCGUGCCUGUGGAGCGGGACCGAUAUGGAACAAGGUUUGAGAAGGGUGAGCUGUAUCUCGUGAGGUUUUCAGAAGACGACGACGAGAGUGGUUGA